AUGCAGAACCAAAGAAGCAUCACAUUGCUCCAGGCAGAAGCCGACGAAGACAACGAGAGUUAUUUCCGACUUCUGAUCAAUGGGUCAGUCAGGUAUAUAACCAUUGUCCAAGGCAUCUGGAGCACGGAGGAUAUGUGCUUCGGUCCAUCUCUAGCCUCGAUUCUCCCGGAUCUUCCUACAGGUGAUUGGAACGACGGAUUAGUGACCAAACACCCAGAAACCGGCGAACCAUACUUUGCGCGCGCCGCUCGAACCUCAUUUCCUGGAGUUACGAAUACAUGGCAUAACACCUUUGUUGAUUAUCUGGACCUGAGAGAGGCUAGGCGACUCCGAACAGGCGUCUACGAAGUUAAAUGUCCCCAAUUUGAGGAACUUGUCGUCGUCAAGUUUGCUCGCUUUGAUUGGGAAAUUGGAUAUAUGGAGGGCGAGACUGCUGCCUACAAGUUGAUUGAGGGUUAUGAGAUUGGUCCCCGGUUCCUGGGACAUCUCACUGAAGAUGGUCGUGUUAUUGGUUUCUUGGUGGAGCGUAUUGCCAAUGCACGACAUGCUGGGCUUCGGAAUCUUGAUAUUUGCCAACAGACUCUUACUCGGUUACAUGCUUUAGGGAUUAAGCAUGGUGAUGUGAAUCGGUUCAACUUCAUGAUUCGUGACUCGAGGGCUAUUUUGAUUGAUUUUGACACGGCGCGCAAGUGCAAUGAUUCUAAGUUGCUUGCUGAGGAGAUCCAGAAUCUACUAGAAGCGUUGAAAUCCUCGUCGGAUAAGGGUGGUGGGGGGUAUCUUUGUUAG